AUGAUCGACGAAAGUUGGAGGUAUUUCGCCUACGGCGGCGCGAUCACGGCUGGGGGACCGAGCCGUUGGGACAUACUAGAUUGGGAUCAACGUCGAACCAUUUCAGUCAACCUUCCCACAGAAGAGUAUGAUAGUGAUGUCGCAAUAAAUCUUCUUAGGAAACAUGUGGAUAAGCUUGACCCAGACGUCUUCGCCAUCAGCAUCUCAGAACAGGAUGAAAUCGCCGUUUCCAAAGACCCUGAGGAUGACGAGACCCAGUGUCCUCACUAUCCUGCUUUUGAUGAUGUCGAGUGUGCGGAAUGGACACAAGCAGUAUCUAGAGGGCAGCUCCGAGAGGUUGAGCGACUUGGUCCCAAUGUCGAUCUCACAUCCUAUGCUUCGCCAAAUCUAGGAGAAGCCAAACAAGCCGUCUUCAAAUACUACUUCCUGGAUCGGUUUCUGUUCAGACGAUGGGACGAGCUCAAUAUCUGGAUGCGUUUGCCCUCGCAUCCUUUCAUCGUCCCGUUCGACAGGCUCGUUGUGGAUCAGCUCGAGGGCCGAGACGUGGUCGUCGGAUUCACGAGUGUCUACAUACCAGGAGGCACAGUGGAGGAGAACACAUCGCGAACCUUCAAGCUGAAGUGGUUGAAGCAGCUCCUCUGUGCCGUCGAUGAUCUCAACCUCAAGUACGGCAUCCAGCAUCAGGACAUAGCCCCAAGGAAUCUUUUGGUGGACGAAGAGGCGGACAAGCUGCUUCUUUUCGAUUUCAAUUUCGCUGCUCGCAUUGGAUAUCCGCGUCGAGAAGAGGACCAUGAGCAGCACAGCAUACACCGAGACGAUAUAAAAGGGUUUCUCUUCACAAUUUACGAGAUUAUCACGCGAGACAUGCAUUUCAGGGAGAUACCUCACCAUGAGCAAGACUCCAAAAAGAUUUUUAGCUUGGAACAGUGGCAACAGCAUCCACAGGUCCGACUUGAUCAUCCCGUGGCCGAGUUUCGGUCAGUACUAGACUCAUGGUACAAUUCUAGACGACAAGCACAGAAUGUCAGUCACUAUACGGAAGCUUCGGAGUACAUCGACUGGCCGGGAUUGAAGCCUCCCCCUCAGGACGACCUGGAUGACUUCGUACCAGACUCUGAUGUGGAUGAUGACGAGGCUGCAUUCGGACUUGAGUGGUCGAAAAGUCGCAGGGACCAGCGGGAGCAAGGGCUGGAAUUCCUAGACUGGCAGCGUCCUCCUCAGGACCGGAUACCACAAGGGUGUUAUUUACUGGCCUCCGGUGCCGUGAUUUCCGAAGACCAUUGA